UAUUAUUUUUUUAAGAAAUAAAAUAUAGAAAAACAAGAAAAAGGGUAUCUUUGCUCCCUCCCUUCAAAUCUGGCUUCAGCUUCAACCCUUUGCUCUCCUUCAUCUCAUCACAUUCACACUCUUUUUAAGUUUUCUUCAACUACAGCUUAAACCCAGAAAUUGGAUUCCCGAGAAUAGUUAUGGGCGGUGAUUCUUCUUCCAGUUUAUGGUUGGCUCCCAACCCGAGUAAGAGAUGGGGCGAGCUCUUCUUUCUUUGCUACACUCCAUUUUGGCUCACUCUCUGCUUGGGAAUCGUCGUCCCGUACAAACUUUACGAGAGCUUCACGGAAUUGGAAUAUUUGCUCCUGGGUUUGGUUUCAGCAAUACCUUCUUUCGUGAUACCAAUGCUAGUUGUUGGGAAGGCUGACAGAAGCUUACAUUGGAAGGACCGAUACUGGGUCAAGGCCAGUCUCUGGAUUGUAAUAUUUAGUUACGUUGGGAAUUAUUUUUGGACCCAUUAUUUCUUCACAGUUCUUGGAGCUUCUUACACUUUCCCAUCUUGGAAAAUGAAUAAUGUACCGCACACGACUUUCCUUCUCACACAUGUUGUCUUCCUGUUUUACCAUGUUGCAUCAAACAUGACACUUCGCAGAUUAAGACAUUCUAUUGCUGGCUUGCCAGAGAAAAUUCAGUUGGUUACUGAGGCGGCAUGGAUUUUGGCCCUUUCUUAUUUCAUAGCAUACCUGGAGACUUUGGCUAUUUCUAAUUUCCCAUAUUAUGAUUUUGUGGAUCGGGCAUCCAUGUAUAAGGUGGGGUCUUUGUUUUAUGCCAUAUACUUCAUCGUCAGCUUCCCAAUGUUUCUGAGGAUUGAGGAGAAACCUGGUGAUCUAUGGGACUUACCUCGGGUGGCUGUGGAUUCUCUGGGUGCUGCAAUGUUGGUCACGAUAAUACUUGAUCUGUGGCGCAUCUUUCUUGGACCUAUUAUUUCACUAGCAGAUACAAAACAGUGCAUUCAGCCAGGACUGCCAUGGUUUGGAGGAAGUGCAAAUGUAGCUUCACAAAACCAAUGUGUAAAAUAGGAGAACCUGGUUUACAUCCUCAUCCGAGUAAGGUAAAAUUGUUCCGGUCCUGGAUUUUGCGGUUAAUGUUGUAAUUGUAGCUUUACCUUAUAACUGAAUUAUUAUUGUAAUUCUCACUGGUGUUCUGCAAAAGUUCUCGAGUUGCGGUGACUGAUUGAUGCAUAUCUAUCCUUCCUGCAUAUGUGAGAUUGUUGAUGUACUGAUUCAGUGAUUUGUUUAUGUUGCCAUUUACAUUGACUUCGCCUAGUGUGAGAACCAUCUUAGCUCAUUGUAAUGGAAGUUCUGCGGAACUUGGUGACUUAAAAAUUCAAUCUUGGCUUAUUGUCUUAUGGCCAUGGAUGCCUGGUGGGAGAAAUUCUUGCCAUGUCAUGGUUGCGUUUUAUGAUUGGAUCUAUGCAUGAAGCAUAUUUGAAUGCAUUAAUUGAUGCCUUUUGCUUUGUGUAAAAUAGUUUUUUUCAUUAGCUUUGAAUAGGAGAAGGAAACAAAGUUGUCAGUAAUUGGUGUAGACUCCAAGUAUCGUCCAAAAUAUCAGAUGAUAAGAAAAAAAUUAGAUUUUUGUAUUGAG